AGCAGUCCUAACAAGCAGGUAAAGUUCCUGAGCUCAGCCACCUUUUUUUUUUUAUUUCGAGCCAUAGAGAACUGCCUAUCGAACAACUUUCAUUCCGUAACAAUGGCACCCAUCCAAGAUUCUAAGUUGAACGCUCUGGUCUACCAGUACCUUACCAGUCAAGAGUUUACUGAGGCUGCCAAGGCUUUGAAAAAGAAAAUAGGAUCGGUCAAGGAGGUCGAAGGAGAAUCCUUGGUUGAUAUAUAUCAAAAGAAUAAGAGCAGCGAGACCAAAGAUGAUAGCAGCAGCAGCAGUUCCUCAUCUUCUAGUGAGAGCGAAUCUGACUCAUCCAGCUCUGAAUCAGAAGAAGAAGUAGAAGAAGAAGUGGCUAAGAGCAGUAGCAGCAGCAGCAGCUCGUCUUCUGAAAGCGAAUCUUCAGAUAGCUCAUCAGAUAGCUCAUCUUCCGAUAUGAAGAUGAAAAGGAAGAAGCUAAAGCACAAUCUUCAAGCUCUGACUCUAGCUCUGACUCUAGUUCUGACUCUAGCUCUGACUCCAGCUCUGAAUCAGAAGAUGAAAAGGCACAAUCCAGCAGUGAUGAUUCUUCUAGCGAAAGUGAAAGUGAAAAGGCUGCUGAAUCAAGCGAUUCUAGCUCCAGCUCCAGCUCCGAUAGCAGCAGCAGCAGUGACUCUGAUAGCAGCAGUGACUCCUCUAGCGAUAGUGAAUCAGAGAGCGAAAGCAAGAGUGCAGUAAAGCCCAGCGCAAAGCGAAAACUUGAAAGCUCAGAAAGUUCAGAGCCGUCAUCCGAUAGUACAGCUGUAAAUGAAGCUAAACCCGAGCCAGUGAAGAAGCAGCGAACACAAGGCGAACGCUUUCAACGAGUCAAGGCCCAUGAAGUUAACUUUCAUGACGACCGAUUGCGAGAUAAUUCUUAUGUUUCCAAGGGAGGAUCAGACGAUAGAUCUUAUGGUUGGAAAGCACAUCAAGAUCUCAUUGUAACCAGAGGAGAUAAAU